AUGGCUCUUCCUCAAUCACAACCAGACUGGAAUAAUCUCAAGGUGCUCCAACGCAACCGAAUGCCCACUCGAGCUCACUUCUAUAAUUACGCGGAUGAAGCAAGCGCCCUAACUUUGGACCGCAACAAAAGCACCCUCUACCAGAGUCUCGACGGAUCAUGGAAGUUCCACUAUGACCUGUCGCCCUUCGAGGCCCCAGAUUGGGCGACGAGCGAUCCGAACCUAUGGCACGACAUCACGGUGCCAGGCAUGUGGCAAAUGCAGGGCUAUGGAAAUCCCCAUUACACGAUUAACGAGACGGGCUCAUGCUGGCGCAAGUUCCCCGUGCCUCGACACUGGGGCUUGGGCACUCACUCUGUGAGGUUGCGCUCCGAGGGUGUCGACAGUGCCUAUCAUGUCUGGGUCAAUGGCAGCGAAGUUGGCUACAGUCAAGGCAGUCGCAACGCCGCUGAGUUUGAUAUCACCGGCUACCUGAACCGCGGAAAUAACGGCAUCAACACGAUAGCUGUCCGGGUGUACAAGUUCUGUGAUGGCACCUAUAUCGAGGACCAAGAUCAGUGGUGGAUGUCGGACAUCUUCCGGGACGUCUAUCUGGUUGCUUUCCCGCGGCACGGCAUUUCGGACUUCACCCUCACCACCACCCUCACCGACACGUUUACCCAUGCCCAUAUCACAGCCAUCAUCCAGACUCAUGGAGACGUGGGCAGCGUUAAGCUUAGGUUGCUGUCCCCCGAUGGACAAGUUCUUGGCGAAGUAGAUACCAGCACCAAGCUUACACUACAAGUUAAGGAAGAGGACCUCAAAUUGUGGUCUGCUGAGGAGCCUGUACUAUACAUCAUCCUCCUUAUCUGUGGGAACCAGGUCAUUCCACAACGCAUCGGCAUUCGUCGCGUGGAAGUACGCAACGCCAACAUCUUGCUCAAUGGCCAGCCCAUCAUCUUCUACGGCGUCAACCGCCACGAGUAUCAUCCUACCCUCGGCCGCGCGGUGCUACACGAGUUUAUGCGCCGCGACCUGGUGACUAUGAAGCAGCACAACGUCAACGCCGUCCGCACAUCGCACUACCCUAACGACCCGCGGAUGUACGAGCUGGCCGACGAGCUUGGCCUAUACGUCAUCAACGAAGCCGACCUCGAAUGUCAUGGCUUCUAUAAACCUGAGUGCGCCAAGUUGGCCGCCAAGGGUUUGCAACUCAGCCGGGUUGAGUUCCGCGAGCAGGUUUAUAUCGAGUCGAGACCAUGGACGUCGGAUAAUCCCGCGUGGAGGGAGGCGUAUGUGGACCGCGUGGUGCAGCUCGUGGAGCGCUUCAAAAACUCGACAUGUUCCAUCAUCUGGUCUCUAGGCAACGAGGCUUUCUAUGGGCAGAACCUGGCUGCCAUGUAUCACUGGGUCAAGAAGCGUGACCCGACGAGGCUGAUCCACUAUGAAGCCGAUCGGGAGGCCAUCACGGCAGAUUUUUAUAGCUCAAUGUACAACAACACCUUGGAUGAGUUGAGGGACCAUGCGUCUAACAAGACGGAUCGCCUCUUGAUUUUAUGCGAGUACGCACAUGCCAUGGGCAACGGCCCGGGGGGUCUCCGAGACUACAUCGAGACGUUCCGGAGCGAGAAGAUGCUGCAGGGCGGCUUUGUUUGGCAGUGGGCAAAUCACGGAUUGCUCACCCAGACUGAGGACGGGGCACAGUACUACGGGUACGGAGGCGACUUUGGUGACAAGCUUAACGACGCCGACUUUGUGCUGGACGGGCUUCUGUGGUCUGAUCACACUCCCAAACCAGGGCUAGCUGAGUACAAGAAGGUUAUCGAGCCAUUGACGGUCGGGAACCUUGACCUAAAGGAUGGAACAGUCUCUCUACGCAGCCACUACUUCUUCUCUAACUUAGUGUUACGGUCCAAGACAAAGAGGCUACCGAGCCGAAGAGGAUGGAACUUCCGUAUAUUGCACCGGGUUUCGACGGAAAUUGUCAAACUGCCCGCCGAUUGUCUCUCCAGGCUUGUUGCAGAUCCGUCGCUGGAAGCCUGGUUGAACCUCUCCUUUAAGCUGAAGAGCGCUACAAAAUGGGCUUCUGCCGGGCAUGAAAUCGCGUGGGCUCAAAUUCAUGUUCCAUCGUCUUCCCCGAGAGAUAUUACCCAAAGUCCGCCCAUCCCGGUGGAAGACGUCACAGGCCCUAGCAUUACAACUACACCUGGGCGCCUCAUAGUGUCAUCUCCUCACUGCAACGCCCACAUUGUCUUCGACCUCAUGCGCGGCGGCUUCAAAUGGACAUCUGAAUCUGGUGUUGUCGUGGCCCACGGCCCAGAGCUAAGCAUUUACCGUGCCAUGACAUCCAACGACCUUGGCUUCGGUGGCGAUGGUGCUGAGUGGAAAUCAACAAUGGUUGACUGGGCGCGCUCGUACGUUGUAACAGCCAAAUGGGAGCAGGCUAAGGGUGAUAAUGCGAACGGCAAUGUCAAAGUGACUACCGAGAGUAUGUAUUCUCGGCGUCGCUCACGACCAUCUCGGUCCCGGCCUGCGGGCGAUCAAGAACGCCGAGCAUCCGCCUCGCCAGCACCGCAUAUUCUCCCGCGUAUUGGACUAGAUCCUACGCUGCCCGGGUCAUACAGCCGCGUGCGCUGGUUUGGUCGAGGCCCGGGGGAAGGCUACCGAGACAAAAACGGAAGCUUCGUGCAUGGGGCUGUACGAAGCGAGCGUGGACGAGCUAACGUGCCGUACGAAGUGCCACAAGAGAACGGCAGCCGAGGCGAUGUCUUUUGGGUCCGGCUCCAAGGUGACCCAGGAAUCUGCGGUACGAGUGUUGUUGAGGCUCGAAUGGCGCAUGGACCCUUUAGCUUUACGGCGGGGAGACAUAUGCCGCAGGAGCUUGAUCGGGCGAGGCACCCGCACGAGCUGAAGGGCUGCGACGACUUGUUGUUGAGCCUAGACUAUGCACAUCAUGGCCUGGGGUCAGGUUCUUGUGGACCACCGCCUUUUGAGGCACAUCGGUUGUAUAACGAGCCGUUUGACUUUACGACUGUGUUGAGGCUUGUACAAGAUGACUAA